AUGAGCAAGCCCGGCCGGAGGAAGUUAGUGCCGCUGGUGCGCUCAGGGAAGCGGCCGCAGAGCGCUGCCUGCUCAGUCGCGUUGAGGCGGCAGACAUACGCCGGGAGUGGCGCGCUGGGUUUGGUGGGCUUCUACACAGGGUCGCUGUCGCUGGCCGGCAACCCUGCGCCCUUCGCCCUCACACCCUUCCUGGGCGCCGCCUUCACCGACCGCAUGGGGCUGCUGGGUCGCGCCGCCAACGCCGCCUGGCACAGCGCCGCGCAGCUGCUGCACGCCGCCAUGGUGCACUUCUUCCUGCAGCCCGUGCUGCGCAGGCACAUCGUGUUCCGGUGGACGCGCAGCGCCGAGUCGAGCGGCGUGAGCGAGCGAGAGCUGACGCGGGCGUUGCAGGACCUGGAGGAGUGGGUGUCGGGCGGCGCCGGGGGCUUCGUGUACGUGUCGAUGGGGUCGAGCGUGCGCGCCUCCAACAUGCCCGCCGAGCUGCGCGUGCUGCUGGCCGACGCGCUGGGCCGCCUGCCCUUCCGCGUGCUGUGGAAGUGGGACGGCGGCGCGCCGGCGCCCGCCCACCUGCCGCCCAACGUGCGCACGGGCCACUGGUUCCCGCAGCAGGACCUCCUCGGGCACCCGCGCAUCCGCGCCUUCGUGACGCACGGCGGGCUGCUGUCGCUGCACGAGGCGGUGCACCACGCCGUGCCCGUGGUGGCGCUGCCGGUCUUCUGCGACCACGACGCCAACGCGGCCAAAGCGGCGGCCGACGGCUACGCGCUGCGCCUGGAGCUGCGCGCGCUGUCCGCGCAGCGCCUCGCCGACGCCGUGCAGCGCGCCGUGCGCGACCCCAGGUAUCGUAAUGCCGCCAGGGAGCGGUCUGUCCUGCUCCGCGACCAACCAGAGACGCCGUUGCAACGCGCCAUCUACUGGAGCGAGUACGUGAUUCGGCACCGCGGCGCCGAACAUCUUUUGUCUCCCGCCCGAGAGAUGUCGCUAGUGCAGUAUUUCCUUCUGGACGUCAUCGCUCUGUACGCAGCUGCAUUAGUGCUUCUCGUGGUCACCGCCAAACGCGCUGUGCGACUACUUCUGCCGUCUUUCGUUACAGCAAAGAAGCUGAAAGCGCAGUGAUUGUUAAACCAUUGAUGACUAAUCGUCAUCACAACUUGUUGAUACGGGGGUCACUAACCACGGUGCCCUUAUAUUGACAAAG